AACGGAAUGUUCUGGUUCUCUUGCGGAAGUCUCGCGCAUAUUUGGCUCGCGACCAAACUGAAAAACAGCAACGGGAGCGUCGAGAAGGGAGUCAGCGGCCCUUUGGCUGAGCUCGUCUGGAUUUUUGGGGGAAGAAGACUCGAUCACUAAAAUGACUAGAGGAAACCAGCGUGAGCUUGCACGCCAGAAAAAUGCUAAAAAGCAUACUGAACAGACUAAAGGCAAGAGAAAUGAGGAUGGGCUAUCUGCAGCUGCCCGGAAACAGAGGGAUGCAGAGAUAAUGCAACAGAAGCAAAAAAAGGCAAAUGAAGGAGGGAAAGGAAAGACCAAGUGAAGAAUGAAGUCUUGAGACAAAUUCAGCUCGGUGUCUCAAGAACCUGUUCAGCAUUCUACCUGAUAUUUAUAAGAAAGGAUCUUUUAAUUUUUGUCUAAACUCAAGAAUCCAGGAUCUGACUUUCCUCUCUAUGGCAAAUGACAUUGCUUGUUGGAUUUGUUGUUUUACACGAUGAAAUUAUGUCUGAGCAAGUUAGCGGUUGUGUCACUUUGGUGCUGCAUGCAGGGGCGCAUCAGUGGUGUAAGGAGCAGAAUAAUGAUGAACAAUUCUCAACACAAAGCAUCUGUGUAACAGUUGUGUAUUUUUGUACAAAGAUGUCCCCUGCUGGUUUCAAAUAAAGUGUAUCUUUUUUUUGUUUGUUUCAUA